AUGGCGAAUUUUUAUGUUACUAAUGUUUUUUUAUUGAUUAAAAGGUUUCACUUUAAGAUGUCGAAGAGAGGACGUGGAGGCGCAUCUGGAGCGAAAUUUCGCGUAUCAUUAGGUCUUCCGGUUGGAGCAGUUAUAAAUUGUGCCGACAAUACGGGUGCAAAGAAUUUAUUUGUUAUCGCAGUGUUCGGAAUUCGAGGAAGAUUGAACCGUUUGCCAAGUGCUGGUGUUGGUGAUAUGUUUGUAGCUUCAGUCAAAAAAGGAAAACCAGAGCUUCGUAAAAAAGUUUUGCAAGCCGUGGUGGUUAGACAGCGAAAACAGUAUCGGCGGAAAGAUGGAACAUUUAUAUAUUUUGAGGAUAACGCUGGUGUAAUUGUAAAUAAUAAAGGUGAAAUGAAAGGAUCGGCAAUAACAGGUCCAAUAGCAAAAGAAUGUGCGGAUUUGUGGCCACGUAUUGCAUCGAAUGCUGGUUCUAUCGCUUAA